CAUAUGUGAAACAGGGUGAGACAGAGCGAUAGGGUGAGGGACAGACAGGAAGAGUGACUCAGAGAGAGAGAAAGAGAGAGUGCGCAAGGCUGAGGACACUGAUCAAUGCAUCUUUGUGCUUGCUGCCUCAGCAAGUGAAGGUGAGAGCAAAUCAAAACAAAUGAAAAGCAGACGCCUCUGGAGAGAAGCAAACAGCCUCCAAUCAGCCUCUGAGGGAGGAUGAUUACUGUCCGUGGUGAGCUAGAGGAGUGACUGUCAAGGCAGGUGCUGUUUGAACACAAGCUCAUGUGCAGAUUUGAGUCAUCUUAGAGUCUCCUCACUGCACCCACUUACUGGACAACAAGACCUUUUGUGGAUACUGAAACCUAUAGAAAAAGACCUGCAACAUGGCAGGAAGCUUUGGGGGUUUGAGUCUCAGGAUGUAACUGAAGGUGCUUCAUAGUGGUCAAAUCCAUUGCUUUCCACUCAAGUCUGCCUGGACCAGUUAUACCUGAGAUGGGUAGACGGGCAGCUGAUCACACCACUCCAGUGCCAGUUCUUGGAGAACCUGCACUUGUUGGGACACGCAUCUGGAGGACCGUGGCAAAUGGGACCAAUAGUAUGGCAACCCUCACACUGUCUCAUCACUGUAACGUCGGUGUGCAGACGUCACCUGCAAUGAAAAACAACCAACUACAGCUAAACGGCAAACAUGUGGAUACUUGUAGCAGUCAAUCAGAAAACAAAGUGAUCAUGCCACCUAACGGCCACAUCCCAAACGAGGCUGGUAAACAGGAGGAUAACGGAAAAGAAAAAACUAAAAGUAUCAUUUAUAAACGAAAAAGUCUGGAGACUAAAAUGAAAAAGGGUGUGACUUUUGAGGGACUGGAGAGGGAUAUUUGUAAAAACAUCAGGGAAGAAGUCCAGUGCCAUAAUUGUCCAAUCAGAACCAGUCCUCCGUUGAGAGGUGUGGCUAACAACAGGUUAAAACCGAGAAGGAAUUGUCACUUCACCAAUGGGAGUGUGGUUGACUCUGAGGUAAUGGGUGGGAUCAGCAGUGACAUCAGUGAAGGGGUGGAGUCUACCACCGGAAAGAAAAAAACAUUACCUCCUCGCUCACCUCCUCACAGACCUCCUGUGACCAUCUGCAGCACUUGUGGGGGAAGACAGAAUCCAACACCUCCUGGACUUUACAGCCAAAUAAGGAUGUUUACACCGCCAACUUCCGCAGGUUCUCUGGGACUCCAGUCAAGACAUUCAUCCCCUCUUUACCCUGGGAAGGACGUGCAGGAAUACACGCAGAUAGAAAGGCACACCGACCGCAGUGCUACACAGUCAGACCAGCACCUCAUGAGCCCUAACCUUCAUUCUUAUCUCAAUAUGAAUAUAAACAAGGAAUGGCCAUUAUCUCUGCUGCCUGCUCAGCAGAGUGAGGCAUCAAACCUCACUAAUCAUCACGCAGUCAAGAGGGAAUCUAGCGCUGACACACACAUUAAUCAUAUCAGUCGCUCAUCGGCUCUAAAUACACGCACGCUCACUGUUACCGUGAAAGAGGAUAGAGCCUCAACAAAGGUCAUAAACACACACUUGAACGCUCACAAACCUCACAACUCUUGUCCCUGCAGACCUCCUGUGACUGUCAACCCUCCCCAAACACACAAAAACAGCCUGUCAGAGAAGCUAGAAGCCACACAGGUGACAAAUACCAGAAUACCACACACAAACACUCACUUUAGAUCAUCUCACCAGCCAAACCCUGAUGAGAAACGACCAACUCAAAGAAACCAAGUCGCAACUACACACUCAGAGUCCCCCCAGCCCCAAAAUAAAAUACACAUCAAACCUUUGCAAACUACUUUGAAACAACAAAUGUUCCCCCAAACUAGCACACUGCAGAACUCCAAUGCACUUUCAAAAUGCUCACGGUUAAAUCAGACAAGCACACUUUCGAAAUCCCCUGCCUGUUUUCAUUUGCAUUCAAAUGUUAAAUGCCAAACUAUAGUGCAGAGUUGUGUGAAUGAAGGUGUCAUAUCCUCCACUGCUUCAAACAUUCACAGACAGGUUCAGUUCACUAAUGGACUAGAGUCCAAGUUUGACACGCACACUAAACCGUCAGUGUGCUCACACACAAAUUUCAGCAUUAAACCUCAAAGCGGGACGCAAAUCUGUGCUGACACAGAGUCAGAAUCAUCACCCUGUGAUUCACAUUCGCAUUCUGCACUGGUGACACACGCACAUAAACUCUCAGGGCCUCACGGUGAACCACGUCACGCAUCGAUACACACAGGCACUCCUUCGCCCACCGACACGCACAAGGAAGCUUCUUACACAUCCACACAGCGAACAAACACCAGUGGAACAUCACUGCAGGGUAUAUCCGUGCAUAAAGACGCACUGUCACAUCCUUAUCAUGAGUCAAAAAGCCAAAAUGACACUUGUUUGUUUUCACAUGCCCCAAAUAUGUCAACCCAUCACAAAGCAACACUUACUACACAAACAAUCAACCAUCAGAACCUCUCAAAUGCAUUUACCGCCAUGCAGACGGAGGUGGAGGUGCAUUCGUACACCAAAGAACGUUCUCAAGCAAGCCCUGGUGUCAAAGCAGCCUCGCGCGCUUUGUGUGUUCAUUUGAAAACGCCACGUAGGCAGACAGAGCCUACUUUCAGACGGUCUGUCCUGAAUCAGCUUAAUAAUGACACUCUUGAGUCCUCAUUACUAGCCAUCGCUUCCGCUAGGGCUUUUCCUCAAGCUACUACACACAACAGGACUGAAUUGAAAUCUUGGAGUGACACAGAGUCAAAGAAACAAACUGAUAUUAAGGCAGUGGAACCAGAAGGUCAAAUGACCAAUGGCUCACAACACUCGCUUCAACCUCCAAACAAACCACCUCCUUCUUGUCGACCUCCUAAACCUUCUUCUGCACCUCCACAAGCACCAGCUUUUAAAUUCGUAAAUGGGAACCUGAAUGUGACCUCCAAUCAAAACCCACUUUUGGAUCCCUCAGACACUUUGCCUACAGAGCACGCACAGAAAGACGGGAGUCUCCAGAACUCAAAGGCACAGAUGGAAUCUCGUUCUGAAGCGGUUGGCUCCAUCCCAAGUGAACGCUGUUCCAUAAUGCAUGACCAUCCGGAUUCUGCAGUAAGGUUGCUGCCUGCAUCCCCUAAAUGUGGCAGUCUGUGGGACCCUAAGUGUAGAUUAGAGAUGGUAGAGGCGAGUCUGCAGUCAAACAAGGAAAGAGUCACAACUCUGCUCAACGUCAUCCAGGACCUGGAGAUGAGCCAUGCAAUCAGCAAAGGUCGGCGAUGUUUUCGGACUGGCCAAGACCUCAGUGAUUGUUCCACCUGUCAGAAGACCGCAUGUGCUGUCUACAGUGUGGAGUAUGACUUCCGUCAACAAGAGAGAAGAUUCAAGGAACUCCUCCAGAGUCUGUGCCCAUCAUGCCCAGAGAGGAAAGAAGGAUAUGAAGGAUCUCUUUCUUUACUCACCUCACUCAUUCAGAAUCACAAAUUACACCAGCUAAAUGCAAACAUUAUGACCCAAAGCCAAUCUGAGAGUCAAACCCACAGACAGCCUCAGAUUAUUUCUCAGAUUCAGUGCCAGAUUCGGUCUCAGUCUCAAACUCAGCCGCAGCCACAGAUUCAGUCUCGGCAUCAGCCGCAGCCACAGAUUCAGUCUCGGCCUCAGGCUCAGCCACAGAUUGUGUCUCGGAUUCAACCUCAGAUUCAAUCUCAGUCACAGAUUCCGUUUCAGCCACAGAUUCAAUCUCAAAAUCAGAUUAUAUCUCAGAUUCAAUCCCAGACUGAGAUUACGCCUCAGAUUCAGUCUCAGAUUCAGUCUCAAGGUCACCCCCAGAAUCAGUGCCUGUUCAAAGCUAAAAUCAAAAGGAAGAAAUUAUGCAGGAAGCUGUUUAGCUGGCUGCCACACAAAGUCCAAAGUAAAUGAUUACAUAAUGCCAAGUAUCUGAUUUUCAUGCAUGACUCUCAACCCUCUGGUAUGUGGAGUCACAACUCAUUUUUCUCCUAAUGCAGUCGGAAGUCUGAUAUAUUUUGUGGAAUGGAGCAAUAUUACAUGGCAUUCUGUGACUGAACU